AUGGGAACUUGGCUUUUUGUGUUGGAGCCAAUGCACCGGUCUCUGGGCCGUAAACUUACCGGAUUUAACCCCCCCGGGUCCGUUGGGACCGUCCAAGCGUUUGCCAUUCCCUGUUCCAGGCUCGGGCACGAGGCCCCGAGGCACCCCAGCCGCUUUUUCCCCCCGGACGGGGCCGCCCCGUUUCCGCAGGGACCCCACCGCGGCCCGGCGGGGACCCCCCCCGGGUUCCCGCCGGACGGGACCCCGGCGGUUUCGGGACGGGGGAACCCGCGUUUGGCCCGAGAUGGGACCCAGCCCGCGGCCCCCCCCCGAGCAGGGCCCAGGCACCGCUUCGGCACGAGGCGGACCCAGCCAGGCCCCCAAAGGGCGGCACCCCAGCCGCCCCCCCCGCCAAAAGGGGAACCCCCCCGUAAGGCGGAUGCCCAGGGAGGUGCCAUAAAUCCCCUAAAUCCGCCCGCCCCAGCCCCCGGCCCGACCAGCCGCCACCGGACCCAGCCAACCGGCCCGGGCCCCAAACCCAACCGCCGCUGGCCCUCCCCACCGGCCGAUUUCCAGCGGCGGGACACCCAAGGCCCGAACUGGGCCCUACCCAGCCCAGGACGCCCAGGCCCCCCGCCAAGCCUGGACCCAGCCCCUGCGGGCCAGGCCCGCCCCAGACCGGUUUCCGGAACCCAACCCACCGGCCACGGCCCCCGCCCCGGGGGACCCCCGCCCCUUUUCAGCCAGAGCGGCCCCCCGACCCCGCCGACAGGCCCGCCCAGCCGCCCCCCCCCAAGACGGGGCCGACCCCCCACCCCGACAAGGCCCGCCUUGCCCCGGCGGCGCCGGGGGCCCUCCCUCCGCCCGCCCAAAGGGUUUGGCCCCCGGGUUUCGGCGGCGCCCCCGCCCCAGUUGGGCGGGCGUCCCCCCCGGGCAUUGGCCCCCGGGGUCUCCUGGUCCCGGUUCCAGGGAUCCUCGGGACUCAGUCCCCUGGCUUCCUCAGGUCCUGGCCAGUCCCAGGUCUCAGGAACCCGGCCCCCGUGUCUUUGCUUCCUAGCCUAG